UAAAAAAAAAACAAACAAAACACCAGUGUCACUGCAAGCAUGCGCCUCAGCGCUGGGCUUCUUGAUUUAACAAGAUGUUCAGCUUCAGCUGGGUUGCAGCAUGAAUCAGCUUUACUGCUAUUUAGUAUUUCGUUAAAGGGCAAGCUGUAGAUGCUAUUCGUUUUCUUCAUAAGUAGAUGGGCAUUUGGGUUCCCCCCACUUUGGGUAUGGGAGUAUGAUAAAUAAUGAUGUGAUUUAAUUUUUUCACUUUUACUUUUAAGUGCAUGUAUGUGCAUUCACACUCAGGCUGCAGUGUGUGCAUAGAGGUAGGACGACUUUUGUGGAGGAGACAGUUCUCUCCUACCCGUGGGCUCCAGAUCACCCGGCUUGGCAGUGCUCACCUUUAACCAGUGAGCUGUGGUUAAACACUGUGGAGAUAAUGCUUUCUUCUUUCUUUAAAAAAAAACUUUAGUGACUUUUUAUACAAUUUUUUUUUAUUGUAUUACUUUUCCUCCCCCAGCUUCUCUAAGAUUCCCCUCACUUCCCUCUCCAUAAAACUUCAUGUUCUUCUCUCUCAGUGGAAAGAACAAACAAACAAAACAAAUGAAAAAGACAGGACAAAACCUCACAUACACAUAAUAAACAUGGAUUCCUGUUGUGCUGGCCAACUGCUCCUGAGCAUGGAACCUGCCCUGGAGUGUGGGAUGGACAUGCCCAGGAGACUGAUCUCCUCUCUCUAGCAGGCAUAGGUGCACGGAGCUUCUUGAUAAAGGCAGAACUUUGUGUGUGCUUCCUUCUCCGUGCUGGGGUUCUGUCGGGCUUGAGCUUUGAAGAUUCAUUUCUUGUCUGUAUACUUAUUAGAUGUUCUCAUCAAGGUUACAUGUUCGUACAGACUGUAAUAUAGUGUUACUGUAUAUAACUGUGUAGCUGUAUCCAUAGAAAUUCAGAGUAGAGCUGUUAGAUGUUAGGAGAUCAGCAAAAUAGCUGUUCUAGCUAGUUAGUCUUUGCAAUUGGUGUUGAUGAAGUAGAACACUGAUGUUUGUGCACAUGUGCAUGAUAGAUGGUGAUUUUAAUCUUAAGAACUAUUUUGUUGAAAUAGAGAUUGGCUCCAGAUUAAAACGUUACUAGUACUGGUAAGAUUGGUAGUACCAAUAUCUUUAUAGAGAGACUACAGUUUCUAAAAUACUUUUGACAUAUAUUUUUAAAAUAUGUACUAAAUGGUUGGAGUUCUUUUAUUUUAACGUAUGUUUUUAGUUUUGAAAAUUCCAAGGAAUCGGAUGCAUACAUAGUCCUUAUGUGUAUAGUUGCUUUACAAUGACACAGAAGUUAAUAUUUUGCUCUUUUUUCUUCUGAGGCAUUUUCCCUCUUCUUUUUCUUUAAGGAAGCGGAACAUUUCAGACACAUCGUUUUCUUGCUCUCUGCUCUGUGGUAAAUGCCCUUCUCAAGUUGGCAAAUAUCAUUCCUUAUGCAAUUUUGUGCAUUAACAGCAGAUUGGGAUCCUAACAGUUUGUGCUAGCAUUUGUAUGUUUUCUAUUUCCAGUGUGCCCACUCCAGCCUUGUUCAUGUAAGGCCCAUCCUCCACUCCUAAGCUAAAUACCCAGCCCUAAGGUUGAUGGGGUUUGUCAGUGAUGGCUUGUUCGUCUUGGCAUGUAUAGAGUGUGAUGUGAGUGGUACACCCCACAGCUGUGCCACAUUUACUUACUUAAUUAAAUAUAAGGACUUUGUUGCCUUCACUUGUGUGAAUAAAGAGCCAUUGUUACAGUGAACAUCUGUGUGUAUGUGAUCGUGCCAUUGAAGUAAGGGGUCUGGGGCUAGACACCUGGCCUGGAAUUCUAGGCCGAAUGUGGAAGUCAGAGGACAACUUUAUGGAGUUGCUUCUCUCCUUCCACCUUCGUGUGGGAGGGGUUGUAGUAAUCGAGUUUAAGCAGAUAGCUAACUUAGCACAGCACAUCUCUGAAUCACUAUCUCACCAGCCCUUCUUCCUUUUUCUUGCCCAAAGCUUAUCUACAAAUUGCUCUGGAAACUCCAAUAUGACUUAUGAUACUUGUUAGGUAAUAUUAUUAUUUGGCAUAUUGCACUUUGUUUGUUGGUUUGUACUUGAUCCCUGCACUAGGAGUAAGGCUUAGCAAAGCCAAGGACUUUGUUGCCUUCACUGUCUUUGCUUGUCAUAAAAUAAGCAGUCAAUGAAUAUUCAUUAAGUGGAUGGAUGUUCCAUGAAUUUGGACAUCUAAAAGCUGUGAAGAUAGGUUGUAUAGAUAAAUGGGCUAUGAUGGCUUAUUAAUUAAUUAAUAUUAUUAAGCAUUGUCCAAAUGAGGAAACUGAAGCAGUUAACUAACUGGUAUCUUGGGGCCAUAUGCCUUUAUAGCAAUAACAAAAUGUCUUUUCUCUAGGUUUGGCUCAAGCCCAUUUUGAGGUGUUGAGGACUUUUAGUUUGUGUGUUCCCACUUCCUUCCCAGAGCAGGUCUCUUGUGGCCCAGGCUAUCCUUGAACUUCGGAUCCUUCUGCCUUCACCUCACCACCAUGCCAUUUGGUUCUUCCUCUUCUUUCUCUUCCCCCUCCUCCUCUUCCUUCUGCUUCAUGAUUGCUUAGUACUUAGGGUAUGAUAAAGUGCCAUUCAUGUUCACAGAGUGAAUGAACGGCUGUGCAUUUUAACUCUGGUUUUCUCUCAAGGAGAACUGUGGGUAAUAAAUAGUUAACUACAAAAAAGCCAGAUGAAAAGACUUGAAUAAGUAGAUCCCAAAAGCCUGCUUUUUGAGAAGGCAUAGCCAUAUGUUCAUAGGCUGUACCAGGUGAAGGUCAUGCCCAGAUUAGUCCUGUAAUCAGUUAACUCAGUAAAGGAGUGGAAGCAUCCUGUCUAAGAAGAAAACCUUGGAGGUUACCUACUUUCCUUAGAAUAUAGUCAAGAAAAAGAAGGUGUAUUGGAAUCCCUGUUGGAGCUAGGGAUGGCUCCUAAUAUUUAGCUCCAGGCAUAAAUGGGAAUAAAAGAGAUUUGCUAUAGAUCAGGCACUGAGCCAAGUGCUUUACAGACAUUAUAUCAUUAGCCUUGUCUUUCUACCCCAUUACGUGGGUGGUAGUGUCCACACCUUAUAGGUGAGAAAUCUGAAUCACUUAGUAAAUUAGUUAAGCCACUUAGCAAUUUGAACCUAGUUCCACUCUUCUGAAAUUUCUGUUCCUGUCUUGACCAGUUUUUCUCUGUAGUAGAAAACGAUGCAACUGACAUAUUUAGAAAAGAAUAGACUCACAGAAGUUAAAAAAAAAAAAAAAAAAAAGCUUAGUUCUAGCUUCCUAGAGAAACCCACCGCAGUGAUAGUUCUACUGUUAAGCAGCUGUCUCUUUUAUCCCAGGUUGAUCUAUUUUUUUUUUUUUUUAGCUUAUAUUUCACUAAUGAAAAUCAAAAUUGUACCUUGCUGCAUGAAGCUUAAUAGUUCCUUAUUUCUGUUUUCUCUUUUGGAUUUGUGAAGGUUUGGUGGAUACAUGAACAAUUUGGUUGUAAUGUCAUGAUUUUUGCUGUUGAACUGAAUCUGCGUUUCCCAUGCUCUGACUUGCUGUCUUUUGUGAUGUCCAUAAGAUGGCGCUGCAGUAUUGCUGUCGCUUUAGUAACAGACUUAGGGUAGAAGAUUGUAGUUGUAGGUCGAUGGGCUACACGGGAGCUGGGCUGUCCUUCUGGGAGGACUGGUUUUGGGUCUUCAGGAAAGGUGAUAUGCUGUGCUUCAGGGCUGUGCUGGUAUACACUUUUUGAACUUACAUAGAGCUGGCAUAACUGAGAAUUCCUUGAGCUCAGGGGUUCAAAGCUAGCCAGGACAACAUAUCAAAAUCCCAUUACACAUGUACACACGCACAUGUACAGUGUGUAUGUGGCUUAGUGGUGGUGCACGUGACUCCAGCAUGUACAAGACCUCUGAUUCCUGGCACUGUAGGAACAUGAAAAAGAAACUGCUACAUAGAGAAGAAACAUCCAUACCUCCUCUUCCAUUCCAUUCAGAGAGCCUUUAGAUUGCAGUAUGUUCUCAUUUGUUAGGCAGGAUGAGGGAAACAGUGGGGUGGAGGAAUCCUGCUGAUAGCACAGGGUGUGGUCUAUGAGGCUCACUUAAAAUAUAAUUCAGACUUCAUUCUCUGUAUCUGUCUGAGUGAAAAUCACCUGGGCUUCAGUCCCACAGCAGCUCUCCCCAAGGGGUAUUUCUUGUUGCUUGGCUGCAGAGUAUAGUUGCUAGUUUAGAACUGUGGGAAUAUCUUCUUGUUUUAUGGCAGCAGAAAACAGAUUUUCCUCCCUCUAGUAAUUAAUAGAGCUGAAAUGAAAAGUUUCUCUUUUAUUCUGAAUAGGUAUUUUUGAGACAGGGUUUCACUCAGUAGUCCAGGCUAGCUUCAGACAUGCUUUGAAAUUCUUAGUAUCCCAGUAGCUGAGAUUGCACACAUCAACCAUUUUGUCUGGUUAAAAUGAAGCCUAAAUUGAUUGUGUCUCCCCUGCCCCCUGUUAUUUCAACUUGGGCAAGUUAAUCAGCUUCCUCAAAUCCUACUUUUCUUUACCUAAAAAUUGAGCCACACAUGGCAGCUGUGAGAAUAUAACAGAAUAAUAUAUAUUAUCCUGUUACAUUAUAUAUAUGCAUAUAUAUAUAAUAUGUUAUAUAUACGUGUAUCUUCACAUAGCACUUGUUACAUAGCAAGUACUCAAAAUAUGAUAGCUAACUGUGGCAAAGGCAGUGUUGGUGAUUACUAUUGAACAUUUAUGUCAAAUACUGUUGUCUGACUUUUAUAUUGUAUUGACAAAUGAUCACCUGUCCAUGAGGCUUAAUAUACUAUACUCAAAACCAAUUUCCAGGUUUUUCAUCAGUAUGUUUCUGGCCAUCGGAAUUAGUAGAUGUUUCUCUUUGGAGGUGGUCAUAUAUGCCACAGGAGGCUAGAUUGUUCAUGUCCCUGUUCCUUUUCUAUGGAAGGAGUGGGCUCUAGUCUCUCUUAGGUUAAAAUUUGAUUAUGUAUAUCUUGCUUGCUAUUUUCUUUUGGGCAUUCUGGAGCAGUGAUUAAACCAUAUUUCGUAGGUUGGGAGCCAUAAUUGUGGCUUCUCUGGUCUUGCCUACCUGGCCCUUCCCUUCCGUUGCUAGUUAGUACCAGCUGAGCUGGUUUGCUGCCCCCACCCCCUUUGAUAUUGUUCUCCUCCUCCUCCUCUCUCCACCGUACCUCUCUUCCUUUCCCCUCCCCUUUCCAUUUACUCUUACGAUCUCCCCUCCUCCCUCUCCCUGGUUUCUAGCUCCUUUUUGCGUUCUGUUUGUGUUACUGAGGGCAGUGCUCCAAUUACCUCAUAUUUGGAGAGAGGAAGCAGCAGCCAAUCCGGUUUCUGUCUGCUUUUAGGUCAAGUGAUUUCUGAACUGCAGUGAGAUGCUUUGAAAUUUGUCUUGUUGCAGCUCUGAGCCUGUAAGAUGGCUGUCUGAAUCGAGCGGCUGGAAGAGACAGAGAGAGGCGGGGAGGGAGGGAGAAAGGAUUGGAGGAUUUGCCGGCAUAGUGCAUGUUUUUUUGUUUUUUGUUUUUUUGUUUUUUUUUUUUUUAAUGUGCAUCGAGUCCGAUGAAGCCGACAUUGGAAUUUCUCUGGGAUCUGAGGACUGAUUUAACUGCUUUAUUUUCUGAGAUUGAGAGAGGAAAGAAAUGGGAAAUUCAUUGGGCUGUGUUAAGGAGCCGAAAGAGUCCAUAGCUGUUCCUGAGAAGGCUCCCAUCUCUCCUAAGAAGAGGGUUCGGUUCAAAAGGAAGUGGAGAGGGAAGAAAAUCCUUACUCCAGAAGCAUCUCACAGGGAGGAAGCUUUGGAAGGCACUGGAGUCAUUGAAGAGACUGAAACCCUAACGAAGUUAACAGCGAGUCUCCCAAAGGAGCACGGAGUGGGAGGGGCAGAGCAUCCCCCAUCAGACAUUUUGCUGCCUGGAGACUCGGCUCCCAACUCAGGGGUGGGCGAUCAAGGGAUGAUUGUACAGGUAAAGGAGAGAUUCCAAGCAGAGAUCCAAACUGCUCACCUUUUGUUGGAGAAUGAGUCAUCAGUUGUUAGAGGGGCCUGGGAUUCCCUAGAAGAGGGUAUGACAGUCAUUGCUCACCUGCUUGAUAACCCAGCAGAAAGGAACUGUGAGAAGUCUGUGAGCCAACUGGUGGAAUUUCCGAGGACAGCAUCCUGCAGCAGCAGGGCUGUGCUGCUGCCUUUGCAGGGAGAGACUGCAGUGGAGCAGGGAGGCACUCUGCUCCGAUCUCGGAGCAGCACUUUGCCUCGGAUAGAUUACCCCUCUGACCCAGGAGAUCAAGACCAACCUUCAAAGGGCUGGAGUGUGGGGGGAAGAACCAAGAGCGUUCCAAGUGCCCCUCACACAGGUUCUCGGAUUGCUAAGUGUUCUGUUGUUUCAUCAAUACCCAAACAGUCAGGAGACCCUAUUCACACAGAGCCUAUCCAUGUGGGUCUCGUGUCCCGAAAAGAACUCAUAAUGCCUGCUUCGCAGAGUGAUUUAUCUGUCAGUGGCAUCACUAUGAGCAUUUUGCCAUCCUCCUCUGGCUAUGGCAGCGAUGGGCUGCGCCUGCAUGGGAUCCGGUCUGAAGAUACAGAACCUGAAAAGACCUCCACACCCUUCUCAGAAGAGGAUGGUACCCUGUCUUUGGAGGCAAGCCAUACUGAUCGUGGGGUCUGGAGGAGGUGGGUGGUGUACUUGGGGUAAUCAAACUGUCUUUUGGAUUCCUGCCUCUCAGGCAUAUCAAAGUGGAGUGUGGUAAGCAGUAAGGAUCUUGGAGUAUUUCAAACUUACUCCUAUAUGGGGAGGGUGAGUUAGUGAUGGCUAGGGGUUAGCAAGCAUAUUCUAUUUCAAGUCUGUCCCUUGAUGCUUAAAACCAAGUCUUGUUGGCUCUGGGGAAAUCUCAGAUUUUGAGUAUCCAUAUAGCAUAGUUGCUGAAGCUAUCUGGUAGGAUUACUUUUCAAGGUGCAGUGCUGGGCAUUCCUUACACUCAGUCAGGGCUGUUGGUUUGUUUGCCCCCUUCAAGAAGUUGAGAUGUAGCACAAAGGGUAAAGGGAAGCCUAGCUUAAUUUCUAACAUUAGCAUGGGGGUGUGAGGGAUCUUGGAGGCUUGGGGAGUGUGGCAGUUGUCUACAGCGUGCUUGCUCUUCUCUCUGGAGAGUGGUGUUCUUAGCAGAGCUGAUGCAAUUGCUUCCCUAUGAGGGUAUAUCUAAUGAUAGCACUCACUGAGUGUUUGUAUGGAAGGAGAGGGCUCUUCCCCCUUUGCUUCUAGUGCUAAGAUUAAAGGAGAUUAGGGGAUGUGGAGUGUGGGGCAUUGAUGGGGAGAGAAGGAGUGGGGAGAGAGAGAGAAAGGGAGAGUGAGUGGAUGAGAUGGGACAGUUUGAAAGUUCAAAACUACAAAGUUUAUCUUGUGAUUGAACUUGUUUAGGGCUUUAACAUGUCUUGUCAGGCAACAGUAACUGCUGUGUUCAAAACAGAAUUCAGAAAUCUGGACACUCAACUAAGGUCACAGGAAGAUUCUGGAUAACACACUAUGUAGCUGUAGGCCAUUCAUGGUUGAAUUUUUAUUGGCAUAUUGGCCUCUGCUGCAUAUGAAAUACAAACUUUAGAGAUGCCAAACAUUUGGAUUUUUUGUUUGUUUGUUUGUUUGGUUAGUUUUUGGCAAAGCUGUGGACAAAUGAUACUAAUUACAAAACUGCCCUGAUCUAGAAAGGUAACCUGCCUGUUUGACACCAACACAAUGAGGGUAAGGAUAAACUCAAAAUUUAAGGUGACCUUUGUUUGCAAUUUCUACUUUGGUGAUUAAUUGGCUCUCUGAUAGGCCAUCUCAGUACCAUCUGUUACUACUUUUGGAUACACCAUUGAAAAUAUCUCUUAGGCUGGAUGUGUAGCUCAUUGUGAGAAUGCCUGCCUAGCAUACACAAAGCUCUAGUUUGGUCCUCACCACCACUAAACUGUGCUUUGUGGUACAUGCCUGUAAUCACAUCAUUCAUGAGAUGCAUAUAGAAGGUUCAGAAGUUCAGGGUUAUUCUCUACUACAUAGUGAGUUAUAGGUUAAAGGCUAGUCUAAGAUAUGUAAGAGCUUGUUUUAUGGAGGGAAAAAAUAAAAACAGAAGGACUGGCAAAAUGGAUUAGUGAGUAAAACGUACUUGGUGCUUAGUGAUCUGAGUCUGACCCCUCAGAACUGAUGUAAAGGUAGAAGACUGACUCUAUAAAGUUGUAUUCUGAUUUCCCUACAGGCUCUGUGACAUGUGUGCCCAUACACAGUAAUAUGCUAACUUAAAAAACAUAAAUAAGUAAAGUUGGAGGCUUUGCUAGCCUGGAAUAAAAUAAGAGUAUUCGUUGUGGUAGGAAAGAAGGCAGGGAGCUGUGGGUGCCAGUAUCUGGGAUUUAUUGGGUAAGAAUGCCAGAGGCAAUAUUUAUUUAUUUAUUUAUUUAUUUAUUUAUUUAAUGGAGUAGAUGCUGAAUAGUUGAAGUAAAGUCUAGGGCUGAGUUGAAGUAAGGACUAGUCAUAAUAUUAGGUAAGAUUCAUAUAAGAUGGUCAUAAUCAAAGUGAGACUUUCUCCCCACCCCCAUUUUUGUUUUUUUGAAACAUGGUUUCUCUGUGUAGCCCUGGCUGUCCUGGAACUUGUUUUGUAGACCAGGCUGGCUUCAAACUCACAGAGAUCUGCCUGUUUCUGCCUCCCCAGUGCUGGAAUUAAAGGUGCGAGGCACCACGCACAAACUAAGUGUAAGACUUCAGAAAGGAUGAAGUGGGAACGUUUAGAACUCCUGGUGCAUAUCAGUCCUGGAUACUGAGCCAUGCAUAGUAAUGGCACUUUUCUAUCGGCUGUGUCUUCUAGGCAGUAAGGUUCUUUGCAAUUCUCUGAGAAAUCUUAAAAGAUUGAUUGGAGAAUCUUUUGGGCAGUGAGUGAUCUAUAGCUUGGUAUUUUUAAUAGUAGGAUGAUUCUUUUGCUGUUUGAUCUGUGAGUCACAUUGGUAUGUGAUAUUUUCUGAGCAGCCAUCCAUUACUUCUACCUCUUGGCCAAGUUCAGUUAGGCUACUCUGGAAGAGCCAAAUGUUACAAACUAAAUGAUUGAGUCUCCAUGUAGACAUCUGACAUGCUUCUGAGGCUCUGUGCUCAUAAUGGGGCUAUGGAUCAACAUGUUUCCUAAGAAAUAACUUCUUAGGUUAAAUGUGAAAUUUCUUCAAAGUGAAAAUCCUUCAAGCCACAUGGCAUGAAACCUUCAUAGUCUCUGUAUGAUAUGUGUCUUAAGAGCGCUUGUCCCUUACUUGCCAACUAGUCACAGCAGCAGCCAGGAAGGGAGAGAGCAGCACAUUCUGACCCCACGGGCAUUGUAGACGAGGAGUGGGACUCCCAGCAAGUAUCUGCUCUGAGUGCGAGCUCCCUCUGUAGACAGUGGGAGUGUGAGGAGCGUGGUGGCCGACCACUGCUCACCUCCUGGCUCACACCUCCUGCCUCAGGAUCUUUUGCUUUUAUUGUAUUUUGUUUAUAAUGUGUUACAAUAGUAAUACAUCUCAGAGAAUAAUGUGAGAAUGUGAGUUAGAGUGGCGUCUGUCUUAGCAAAACUUGUUCUCUCUCCUGCUGAUUGGCUCAGGAUGUGCUCCUGUGGCUUUGACGACACAACCUUCCCUGAGUGAGUGUGCUGCUUCUCAGACGUGGUAGCUGAUGCCUAUCCCGACCAGGUGCAUGUUUUAGAUAAUAGAAGGCAACUAUGGCCUGAUUUUUUUGGCUAGUGGUACAGUUGAAAUUUCCUUUGUCAAGAAAGAGUUAAUGUAGAAGCAGGAUGCUUCAAGGCAGCUGACAGGCAUGGUAUGCAGAGUGCUAAGUAGACUUGGAUUUAAAGCUCAAUGGAACAGGCUAAUAGCAGUGUGCUUUGAUGUCAGACAAAGGCCUCCUUGGCCCCUUCCUUCUCUCAGGACUCUGCUCCUUUCAGCCAUCAAUACCUAGAAUAUUUGAUUUCAUUUAAACAAGGAAAAUUGUUGAAAACCCUUUCAUCUUCCCAUCUUGGCUUCUACCACCAAUCUCCUGCCCAUCCAGUUAGUGAGGAAGUGAACUCCAUACCAGUGUCCUUCCUCACACCUUGGAGUCCUGUAAGCUACAAGUUUCAAGAGAGUAGUUAUAUAAGGCUGGGGCCAGAAUGAGGGCAGCUGGUAUACUGGUUUGUGAGCCUAAUUAGCCUUUUCAGUUUAUAGUUACCUUUUCCUCAUUUCUCUGCUUUGAUUAUAGAGAAUUGUUUUACUUACAUUGGUUUUGUAUUGUAAGAGAAAAGCAAAACUAAACAUGAUAUUACUGGAAGAAUGUAGUUUUGAUUAGGUAGUUUUAGAAAAGACUUUUUUUUUUUUUUUUUUAAAUAUGUACUUAAUUAGAAGCUGGGCAUGGUGGGUCAGGCCUAUCCAGCACUUGGGCGAUAAAGGCAGGAGCAGCUGGACUUUGUGGCUCUUACCUACAUCAUGAGUUCCAUCCCAGCCAGGGCUAUGUGAGACCUCAUCUCACAAAAACAGAUCAAAUAAAAAAAGUAUAUAAUUAAAAACAUUACUGUAGAGUUACUAUUUUAGGUCAACUAUGCAACUUAGUGCAACUAUGUUAAAAAGGAUACACUUUAGAGACAGUUACUGAAAUGUUUAUGAAGAAAAUAUUUGUGGGUUUUUUGAAUAUAUAGUAAUAGGGGAGGAGUAAAGUAGGCAUGUGGAUGAAGCAAGGUAGUGAAAUUGGGUGCUGGGUACAUAAUGGCUUUUACUGUUAUCUCUUGGUAUGUUUUUGAAAUUUUACAUUUCAAAUGGUAGAUUAAGGAAAAUUAAUUAUAACAGUAGUGAUAUGAAACUGUCCCGCAGUUUCAGGGAGA